CCGAAUCGCAGCAUGGCUACGGAUAAUCUGUAUUUUUGGAAUGAAUUUGAGUUAAAACAACCGCCCUUGGUAACUCUUCAAGUAGAGGACACUGGUUUUGCCAAAAGUGUGUUUGUGGUUAUCAACAGGUUCCUGCAACAGUUGUCCGAACCCGACGCCAUGGAGUUCGAUGAAACAGCGGCCUUGAUUGGGAGACUGAUGGCUCGCAGGAAGAACUCCUUUCGGAACAUGCCGGGAUUCCGGUCUGUCUGUAAAUUAAACUCCGCGCUGUGCCGCCUUCUCCGUUUGGAUUUGGCCAGGGAUCUGCAGCAGUUUCGUGGUGCUCUGCCGGAUGUCUGCGAUGAAAAUCUGGGCGGAGCCAUGCCCACGAGGAGCAACUUUGAGUUUAUUUUGGUGCGCCUGAUGGGCUUCUAUCAUCUUCACGAGCGGAUCAGGGAAUGUUGCCAUGCGGCAGCCUCAUAUUUUACCAAACUCCUGCGCAACAACUUCUUCAUGGAGUUUACCACUUUGCUUAUUGCAGCCCUAGCCAAAAUUAACAAACUGAGUUCCGCACAGGCCAGUAGAUGUGCCAGUCUAUAUAACAAACUGCGCCCGCAAGUACCUCACUUCCCUCAGGUGGCAAAACACAAGUUUCUGAAGGAAAAUCAAGAGCUACCUGCUAAAUUAGAACUUAUUAAGAACACACAUAGUCAAGCAAAAGAAACCAAUACUCCAACUUUGGUCUUGAAACCCAAAAAGGUAGUAACCAAACUGGAAAAAGCCAAAUUGGAGGCCAAAUCCGAUGUGGGAACUAUUGUUGAGAGAAAGGAGUCCCCUGCUCAAGCUGUAACCGAAGUCAAAUUUAAUGAAGAGGUUCUGGCCACCGUUGCGGAUGCCCAGAAAUUUAUUGCCCGCGAAUCGAAGGCUAGACAACAGACUCCAGUUCCCGAAAGCUGUUUAACUAAGAAAAUACCCAAACACGAGUGGCUAGGCGCCCAGACGCUUUUUCAGCGUAAAUUGUCGAAGGAUCCCGCAAAAGCGUUAAGCAUAUUUCGCAAAUUUAUUGUAAGCAAAAUAAAGUAAACUUUUACAUAGGCAAAAACAAACUUGUAUACAAAUAACAAGAAGACAUUUAAUUAAAGACAGGUCACCGUGA